AUGGCCGCAGGGAGAGGCCCGCGCCGCGCGGACGCUGGGGCUUCGGCCUGGCUGCGCGCUGACCCCGCUCGGCGGCCCGGAGCCGGCCGGCUGGCUGGCAGCGCUGCGAACACACGGCGGCCGCCGCGCCCGAGCGCUCCCGGAAGUGAGGCGACGGUCACCCGUGCCGCCCCGCCCGCGCCCGGCCGGGCAGCUGCGCCCGCCCCUCGGCAACCCGGGCGCACCCUCCCCCGCGCCCGGCCCAGCCCAGCCCAGCCCCGCCCGCGCAAGCCGCGCCCCCUCGGCGACCCCGCACCCCCUCGGCCGCCGGGCGCGCGCCGGCGCUCCUCCCCGCUUCCUCCCCAGCCGCCUGCUCCUCUCUGCGCCCUACGGCUGCUCCUCUGCACCCUCUUUGCUCUCCGCCGCCCCCAGGCCUCCUCGGCGACCCCCGCGCCGUGUCAGUCGCGGCAGGAUAGACUGCGCCCCUCCCUGCCGCUCCCAACCCUUGCGCCCUCUUGCCACCACCUGUGCCCCUCCGCUCUCCUGGGUCACCAGACACUCCUCGCCCCAUCGCCUGAGCCCGCAUUUUCCUCCCCUCUCUUCCGCCUUCCCCUCCUUUGCUGCUGA